AUGUACAGCUCUAUGGAGGAGACACGUGGAAAUGUGUUGUUUUUCGUAAUUGCGAUUCUCUCCGUGAUGCCAACAUCUUCCGUGUCUUCGCUUUUAGAAUCUCCAAGUUUUAGAUCCCCCGUUUCGAAUUUAACUGUAGCUGUUGGUAGAGAAGCUGUAUUGAACUGCGCUGUAGAUAAUUUAAGCCCUUAUAAGGUAGCAUGGCUUAAAGUGGAUACGCAAACAAUACUCACAAUAUACAAUCAUGUUAUUACCAAGAAUAACAGAAUAGGGGUAUCAAACAGCGAGAGGAACAUUUGGCAUCUUCAUAUCAAAGACGUUCGAGAAUCCGAUCAAGGAUGGUACAUGUGUCAAAUCAACACGGAUCCUAUGAAAAGUCAAGUUGGAUUUCUUACGGUUGUUGAUGUUGUUUCAGUUCCUCCAGACAUUCUUGAUUAUCCGACCAGUACAGAUAUGGUUGUAGACGAAGGUUCGAAUGUCAGUCUUCAAUGUGUAGCCAAAGGGUCGCCUGAACCAUCCAUAAUGUGGAAAAGGGAAGAUGGUGAAAAAAUCCGGUUCCAAAAUGGAGUUGAGGUUCUCAAUGCUACUGGGCCAGUAUUGAACAUUACUAAUGUGAAAAGGGACCACAUGGGGCCGUAUUUGUGCAUCGCAACAAAUGGAAUUCCUCCUUCAGUAAGCAAAAGGAUCAAACUCGUUGUGCAAUUUGCUCCUUCGGUGUACAUUCAAUACCAAUUAAUUGGUGCUUACGAUGAUCAGCAAGUAACUUUGGAAUGUUUCUCGCAAGCUUUCCCAAAGUCAAUAAACUAUUGGACUAAGGAGACCGGCGAAAUUAUUCCACAUAGCAACAAGUUUGUUCCGGAAAUAAUAGAAGAUGGGUAUAAGGUGCACAUGAAGCUUAGAAUUAAAUUAUUGGAUCCAAAAGAUUACGGAAUUUACAAGUGCAUAUCAAAGAAUUCUCUUGGAGAGAUGGAAGGAACGAUAAAUGUUUACAGACUCACUAAUCCCAAUCAAUACAUCCAUACUAGCAAAAAGGAAUUAACUGAAGACAAUAUCAUAUCUGGAAACAAUAACCACAGAUACUUUGACGACGUGAGAAAAAUUCGAAAUGAUACAUCAAAGAAAUUCAAUCUGGAAGAAGCUAUUGAUCUUCAAAGCUACCAUAGUACCAAUUCUGCUCAUUAUAUUUCAAUAAGCAACCAUUUAAUGAAACUAUUCCUAACCCUCGUAAUUACCCUGCACUAUGGCCACCAUUACCACUCACAUAUCCGUGUAAGCAUAUCAUAA